CUUUCGGCCGCGGCGGGGAGGCGGGGAGGAGGAGGCGGAAUAUGGCGGACGGCGUGGACCACAUAGAUAUCUACGCCGAUGUGGGAGAGGAAUUCAACCAGGAGGCUGAGUAUGGUGGGCAUGAUCAAAUAGAUCUGUAUGACGACGUAAUCUCUCCAUCUGCCAAUAACGGCGAUGCUCCAGAGGAUCGUGAUUAUAUGGACUCUCUCCCACCAUCUGUUGGAGAUGAUGUAGGCAAAGGAUCAGCACCAAAUGUUGUCUACACGUAUACAGGAAAGAGAAUUGCAUUGUACAUUGGGAAUCUUACUUGGUGGACCACAGAUGAAGAUUUAACUGAAGCAGUUCAUUCACUUGGUGUAAAUGAUAUUUUGGAGAUAAAAUUUUUUGAAAACCGAGCUAAUGGCCAAUCUAAGGGGUUUGCUCUUGUAGGUGUGGGAUCUGAGGCAUCUUCCAAAAAACUAAUGGAUCUGUUGCCUAAACGAGAAUUGCAUGGUCAAAAUCCUGUUGUUACUCCUUGUAAUAAGCAGUUUCUGAGUCAAUUUGAGCUGCAGUCCAGAAAAACUACACAGUCAGGCCAGAUGUCUGGUGAAGGCAAAGCUGGUCCUCCUGGAGGCAGUUCACGGGCAACGUUUCCACCAAGUAACAGAGGGAGGGGUCGUUUUCCAGGCGCCCUUCCAGGAGGAGAUAGAUUUCCUGGACCAGCUGGACCAGGAGGACCCCCACCACCUUUUCCAGCUGGACAGACACCUCCACGUCCACCCCUAGGUCCUCCAGGCCCUCCAGGUCCUCCUCCACCUGGCCAGGUUCUACCUCCUCCACUAACGGGUCCCCCUAAUCGUGGUGCGCCCCCUCCUCCAGUUCUGUUUCCAGGGCAACCCUUUGGUCAACCUCCACUGGGCCCUCUUCCCCCUGGCCCUCCACCUCCAGUUCCAGGCUAUGGUCCUCCACCAGGUCCUCCACCCCCACAACAGGGCCCUCCUCCACCUCCAGGUCCUUUCCCCCCUCGUCCACCUGGUCCGCUAGGGCCACCCCUGACAUUGGCUCCUCCUCCUCACUUACCUGGGCCUCCACCAGGUGCUCCCCCACCAGCUCCACACGUGAAUCCAGCUUUCUUCCCCCCGCCAGCCAACAGUGGCAUACCUACAUCAGACAGCCGUGGUCCACCACCUUCAGACCCAUAUGGCCGGCCUCCACCUUAUGACAGAGGUGAUUAUGGUCCACCAGGCAGGGAAAUAGAUGCUGCAAGGACGCCUUUAAGUGAAGCAGAAUUUGAAGAAAUCAUGAAUAGAAACAGAGCUAUCUCUAGUAGUGCCAUUUCAAGAGCUGUAUCAGAUGCAAGUGCUGCGGAGUAUGGAAGUGCUAUAGAAACCUUGGUGACUGCAAUUUCAUUAAUUAAACAGUCCAAAGUAUCUGCUGAUGAUCGUUGCAAAGUACUUAUUAGCUCUCUGCAAGAUUGCCUCCAUGGAAUUGAGUCCAAGUCUUAUGGUUCUGGGUCAAGACGUGAGCGAUCAAGAGAGAGAGACCAUAGCAGAUCAAGAGAGAAGAGCCGGCGCCACAAAUCUCGUAGCAGAGAUCGUCAUGAUGAUUAUUACCGGGAAAGAAGCCGUGAACGUGAGAGACAUCGUGAUCGCGAUAGAGACCGCGACAGAGAGCGCGAUAGAGAGCGAGAGUAUCGUCAUCGUUAAGAGCUGAAGGAAGAGGAACACCUCACCAGACAAGAAACUUAACUUCACGGAAAGAGGCUUGUCCAGCAGUUUGCUUCUUGUGAUCGAACAGAGCCUGUAAAGAUUCAUGGAUAAAAUGAACAGGAAUAGAUCUGAAUAAGGCAAAUCUGCAUACAUGGUAACCAGUAGCUCUCUUACCUUUUUAUGUUGCUUAGCUGUUUUAUUUGAAGGAACCUGUGUGAUUUAAAACGUAUAGCUUUUUGCAACUUUAUUACUGGUUAUAUACAUUUGACAAUUAAAAUGUGCAAGCAAUUGAAAAAAGUCUAGUAAAUGCUUGUUUUUAUAGUAGUUCUUGUUUAAAUGUUCAAAUGAUAAUGUCUGUAAAGAGCAUCAAUCUGAUUACAAUAGAUGUAGUGUUGUAAUAAACUGUUUAAUGGGGCUGAUGUGUAAAGCUGUUCCAAGUUAUUUGAUGUUUACACCUCAGGGAGCGUCUUGUGUUCAGCAAUAUUUAAUGGUGUUAUAACAAUGUCUCUAACAAAACAUAGCAUAUUUUUUGCAUAUGCAUCAACUUGUUGUAUUUGCUGAAUGAUUAGCAGUUGUCAAACACUUGAUAUUGAUACUAGAAUAAUGGUUACAUUUUAUUUUAAUUUGUAGCUUUUUUGCAUAGAUGGCUUGUGAAUUUGCUGAAAGGUGCGCAAAUCUGUAAAAACUGUAGAUUAACAUUCUGUAAUAAUUCAAAUAGACUGAACUUUCUUUAAAGAAUAUGAAGUCUGAAGUUGAAUUCUGGUUUACUGAAGCCUGUCUGUUGCAAUAUGCAACACUCAAUACUUGGUUCAAGCAUACAAUUGGCCACUUUUAAAUAAUGCUGCAAUAAUUUACAGUUUUUAGUGCUAAUGCUGUGUCCUGCCUCUAGAGCACUAGUCAUUCUGUACCUAGAUAUAUAUGCCAGUUAACUGAAGAAAAUGUUUCUCCUUAAAAAUAAUAAUCAAGAUUUCAAACAAGCUUUUUUGAACAACAAAAUUUCCUGUCCAUAAAAAGAAAAUGCAUACAUAUCCUUUGUAUAACUAAUAGUGUAAUAAUUUGCCCUAACAAAUAGUUUGUGAUCUAAUGCACCCCACAAACUAAAGAGAGCACAUUUUAAUCAUAGGUUUAGCACAUGUUGCUUGAUUGUGGACUGUUUUCUUUUAAAAAUACUUCUUUUUCCAAAUUUUGCUAGUUCCUGCCUACUUUCUAAUUAUUUCAAUUAUAGUUUUAAAAGUUUGUUGAUCAAAUAUUUGAAGCAUUAUGACAUGUAAUACUCAGUAAAAUUACUUGUGGUAUACGAAUACUUGGAUAUUAAAUUAAAUGAAGACCACUUUAUAUGUUUUAAUAUCAAACUCAAGUUUACCAUCAAGCAUACCCUUAACAGAACCGUGACCAAUCCCAACUUCCUAGCCAGUGCACUUGUGUAAUAGAUGUGUUUACAAACGUUCGUCACAUUCCCACUUUCCUUAUUUAGGUGUACAUAUAAAAUAUUUUAACUGUAUAACAAAGACACAGUGUAUCAGUCAGACCUUAGAGACAUGUAUAAAAUCACAGUUUGUGUCUUACUAAACAUGGAAGCACUCAAGUUACCGUCUCAAAGGCUGUAUCCCAAUACAACUAAAAAUUUAUAUAGUUGAAAGAAUCCGCUUGACAUUUGCACAGCUCAGGUCAAUGCAGCUGAUUUACUCUUUCCUGGCCAAUAUUGUUUGACUUGUGUUUAAUAACUGGAGUAGAUGGUUAUUUUAACUAUUAGCCAUUUUGUACGCUGAAAGUUUUCUUAUGGUCCAUUCAUGCUUUGUUAAUAGAUUUCCUAAUUUGCCACGUUUCUUAUGUGAGAUGUUGGGCUUACUUUGAAAUAUUAUUUUGAACCCACAGUGCUUUACACAACUGUUUAUCUGACAAUAACGCCUAAAUUCAUUUUACUCUUGGGUUUGAUUAUACACAGAAAUCAAAGUGAAGUGAAGCAAAAUAUCAGGGAUUUCUCAUUUGCAUGAAUUUUUAGUCCUACAAAACCUGAUAAUGUAUACAUUGGGGUUGUUUGCUUUGUGCAGGGAUGAAUGUGAGUUCUGUCUAUGAUAACUCCAGAUAAUCAGGAAAUUGGAUGUUGCUGCAGUACCUUGCUAUUGUAUGUCCAUGUUGGGGUGGUUGUUCCAACUCUUAAGAAAUCCAAUGUAGUAUUGCUUUUAACUAGCUGGGAUGUGGGCAGACAAUCUGGAUUAAAUUGUACUGGAAAUGGCUCAAGAUGGAGGAAAAACAGGUAAGUUAGGCGUGCAAAUGCUAUUUGAGUAGUAAUUUCAAAUAUUCAGUAACCAAAAUUAAAAUAAUUUAAAGUCAUAAUUUAGCUUUCUGUAUGAACCCCGGAGAUACUGUUGUGUAUUCAUUGUCUUACAUUUUCUCCUAUAGCGAUUUCCAUUGCUGGCAAUGGAGCUGCCAAAAAUCAAACCAUGAAAUAACUUUUUGAUAUGUGUAGGCUGAACAUUUAACUUGUGUAAGUAGUAAAGAGUCGUAGUAGUUGUCUUGUGAGUAAAACUUGUUUUCUCAAGAACUCUUCUCAGUUUUCUCAGUAUUUUUUUUAAAAAGGAGUCCAAAGAUGUUUAGACAAAAAAAGUGAAAGCAUUUUACUUGUGAUAAUCUCUAGAAAGAAGUUUGGGCAUUUAUCUUCAGCCUGAUAAACAAUGCUCCUGAUGAAAUAAUAUUGUAAAUAGCUACCAGAUAGUAAAAUAAAAUCUGAGUAGUGUCUUGGUUGCUACUGUAGUGGGCUUUGGUGGCUAUAUUAAAUCUGUUUCUGUUAAGAAAAUGUAAAUAAACUUUAGGAGGUACUUAAUAAUCUGUAUAUAGGUUUUAAUAGAUAAAAGUGAUAGCAUUAAUGGCUAUUUUAAAAUAAAUUAUCUGACUGGUGGCCUCCUCCUGGAUAGUUGUGCUGACAUCUGCCCACAGUGGUAUUGUAAUAUAAGUUUGCAAUGUUGUGCAGUGUUGCAGAAGUUACUAUUUCUGAUACUAACUAGAGAUUACAAUUGGCACUGCAAACCAAAAUAACCUUUGACUAUUCACUGUCUAUUUAGUUGUAUAUUUGAGUGCUUUCUCCAAUAACAUGAAAGGCAAGCUUUAAAUGCCCUGUGUAUUGAUUGACUUCAGUUAAAAAAUCCAUGUAAAUAUUGGACAAGCUUUCAUUUUUCACUCAUUUACAGUUUAAGCAAACUUUUCCAAGUUUUAUAUAUAGGAUCUUAGUCACACUGUUUACGUGGUAGGUAUUUAAUGAUGCAGAGAACAUAUAGCCUUAAAAUGCAGCUUUAAAAAGUUACAGCAUUAAGCAUCCUCUGUAAAAUUUACAAUUUUCUAAUGUUUGAAAUAUUCAUAGUUUUUAGUAAUCUGAGAAACAUGUUAGUAGAAUAGACUGGAGUUUUUGAAAAUAAGAAAAUUAUUAAAAACCUGAUUUUUAGAAGGGAGGAAACAAGCAAGAUGCUUUAACAUGUUAGGAGUAUUUUAUAUAUUGGACUUUAGUGCUCCUUAUAAUUUUAUACACACACAGGAGCAAUCACAUACAUAUCCUAGAAUCCAUGAAUCUCAUUUCAAGCUGCUCUCUCUCUCUCUCUUUGUAGUUGUCAACUUUUAACUUGAAACAAAAAGAAUGCCACUACCUAUAAUAAUGUACUGUGUACUAUUUAAAUAGCUUAGCUUUCAAGCAUUUUUUGGCUCAAUAUCCAGUUGAAAACCAGGUUUAGUCAACCAUCAUCAGGUGAUCUAGUUUCUGUCAGCUGAGAAACUUUGUGUUGUAUCCAACCAAAGCUCUACUCAAGAGUAGGCCCAUUGCAAAUUAAUGGACCAAAAAUCAGUAAUGUUCAUUGAUGUCAAUGAAUCUUCUCUGAAUAUGACUGGUGUUAGAGACAUCCCUUGUAUCCAAAAGCCUAUUCAGCAUCCAAAUUCUAUUUGGCUGUAAUGGAGGAGGAUCUAGCACUAAAACACGUCUGGGCACAUCUGUGAUCUCGUCUUAUACAAGUAGCAUUAAAUGGGUGAGUUUUCUGACACCACAUUAGGGACAGUUUCUCACUUCAGUACUUGAACGUACUAACAUCAUUUUCAAAACCUUCAGCUAAAAUAAUAACCCAAGUCACCACUGAGAGUAGCAUGUUGUACACUCUUCUUUGGGAAUGAAUUUCACAUUAAUAGGUUUUUUUCUGAUUAACUUUAUAAAUUUAAUACAGUGGUUUACGUUUAUUCAUUGCAAGUGUAUUGCAUUUAAAAUUCAUUUUUGUCAGUGUUUUAUUUUCCAGAGUGCCUGUGGAACAACUAUGUUCCCUUAAAGAUUUUUACGUGAUUUUGGUUGGGUUUCACUACAUUAAGUUUUGCCCAAAUGUGUACUCGCAAAUAAAGAAUAAUAAUACCAUUUGCUAUAGUUUGUAAACAGUUGCUUACAUUACAGGUUUUAGGUUUAUUGGUAUGCAAGCAAACCUUUUUUUUAAUGGGCAAUGCCUUUCUAAUACCUGAAGGCUCAAAGAACAUCUUGGUAGUGUUGAGUUUCUGGACACUCAAAUGUCUUCAGAAGGUAAGAAGAGGGUGUCCUUUCACAUUAGCAUAUGUGAUUUUUUAUUUUUAAAAAUGCCAACUCCAUCUCAAAACUUUGGCUUGUCAAAAUUCUUUUCACUUCCAUAUAUUUUAAAUUACCUUUCCUUCCAGUCUUUAGGCAACUAUUAGGAAUUUGCUGUCCAACCAUUUAUUGGUCUUUAAACUGCAAAAGAAGUUACCUUGUAUUGAAGAAAAAUAAAGUGCAUUUUUAUGAAAGCUUAA